AUGAUGCUUUAUUUAUCAAGUAGUCCUCGUAAUGCAACGUUUUUACGUUUUACUCACCUUACCACCUUGGUGGUUUUGUGUUUAACUAUUUUUACUAGCAGUUUUUCUUCAAGUCUUUUUGUAAAAGCUGAAGAACAACAACAACCAUGUACUAUUACUAAUGAUACAAGCUAUUAUGAUUUAAGUCCUUUGAAAAAAACUGAAGGAGAUGAUUGGAUUGUUAAAGGAUACGAAACAGAUUGGAAAUUUCGCAUAAAUAUUUGUAAUGAUGUUUUAUAUAAGGGUGAUCCGAAUACUGACCUUAAAAAUACUGGUGUUUAUGGUUCAAAGAAUGAUGUAGGAAAUAGGGAUAGUCUUAUAAUGGAAUUCAAUAAUGGUAAUGACAAAUGUGGUACCACGAAUUAUAGAAAAACGUCCGUUAUUUCCUUUAUUUGUGAUAAAACCGUUGAGGGUCAAGGACAACCAUCAUUUAUUUCAACCUAUAGGGAUUGUGGAUUCUUUUUUGAAUGGAGAACUCCUGUCGCUUGUUCAACCACGAAAAAAGGUGAAGGCUUGGGAGGAUGGAAUGUCUUCUUAACAAUGUUGGUAUAUCUUAAUUCAUUUGAAUUUUUUGAUUUAUAUCGUUAA